GGAGGGAGAGAGAGAGACCAAUAGCGAUAUCUGAGGAAAGGAGACAACCUUGCAGGAGAGAUAGAGCAAUUCAAAACAUCACCUCGACCGACGAGGAAAACAUGGACGCAGUGAAAUUUUUUUGCUUCAUGCAUGCAUCACAGAGGAUACGGAGUUUACCCCGCACUGUCGGAGUUAUGCACGGACUCUGUUUUUGAUGAGGCGGGUGGGGACCCGCAGCAACCUGAAAAGGCGGAAAGAUUUCUCCGAACCGUCUGCAAAUUCUGCCCGCCUGCGAUGGCUGGGUCGGUACGAUGCUGUUACAGAGUAAUGGAGAAUAUAUUUAGCUAUUUCUGUGUGUUGACGUUCAUGUUAAGUGGCCUUAUAAACGCACAAAUCCGAUACUCAAUUCCAGAGGAGCUGGAGAACGGGGCAUCAGUCGGUGACAUUGUCCGGGAUUUGGGUCUGGAUCUGAAAAAAGUUUCCACUCGACGCAUCAAAAUCACGUCGGACAGUGGGCGGAAAUAUUUCACAAUAAACCACAAAACCGGAAAGCUGGUGGUGAGUGACCGAAUUGACCGGGAAACAGUUUGUGAAUUCAGUGGUACCUGUUCACGUAACCUGGAGGUGGUGUUGGAGAACCCGCUGGAAGUGCACAACGUGGAGGUGGAGAUAUUGGACGUAAACGACAACGAACCUCAGUUCCCUCGGGAUGAAUACCAGCUUGAGGUGUCAGAGUCUGCUCUCACCGGGUCGCGGUUUCACAUCGAGGGAGCUCAAGAUGCAGAUGGGGGGUCCAACUCCGUGAAACAGUACCGACUUAUUCCAAACGACCACCUCACUUUGGACUCCAUUAAACCCUCCUCCAACAAUAAUCAAAUUGAGCUAAUUCUCAAAAAGCCCUUUGACCGGGAGCAGAUGCCCUCUCAUCAACUUAUUCUGACAGCAAUAGAUGGAGGCACUCCACAGCGAACUGGCUCGGCCAAAAUCAAUGUCCGCAUCCUUGAUGCCAAUGACAAUGUGCCUAAGUUUAACAGUUCAGUGUAUAAAGUUAAAGUGCCUGAGAACUCUCCAAAUGGGACACUUUUGAUUAAGUUAAAUGCAACAGACCCAGAUGAGGGCUCAAACGGAGAAGUGUUUUAUUCUUUUAGUAGCUACACUCCUGAAAGAGUCAGACAGGUGUUUUCUAUGGACACAAACACGGGGGAGAUUAGGGUAAGAAAUAAUAUAGAUUAUGAGGAGACUAAAUCCUAUGAAAUGUACAUACAAGCAAUGGACAAAGGCCCAGCUCCUGUUGCAGCACACUGUAAAGUAGUCGUAGAAGUGUUGGAUGUCAACGAUAACAUUCCUGAGAUUGUACUGUCUUCACUUUCCAGCCCUGUGCGUGAGGAUGCACGGGCAGACACAGUGGUGGCUUUGAUUAGUGUUAAUGAUGGCGAUUCUGGACAAAACAAACAGGUAUCCCUAGAGAUCAUGCCCAACUUGCCUUUUAAGAUUAAAUCCUUCAGAAACCUCUACACUGUGGUCACAUCUGCUUUCCUGGACAGGGAAACUAUCUCAUCAUACAAUGUUACAGUCAGCGCUGUGGAUGAGGGCACACCACCCCUAUCAUCUCAAAUGAGCUUCAGGGUAGAUGUUGCAGAUGUUAAUGAUAACCCACCUCGUUUUGAGCAGACAUCAUAUACUGUCUAUAUCACAGAGAACAAUGCUCCUGGGGCAUCUCUUUGUGUUGUUAAGGCCAUGGAUGCUGAUGAUGCAGAAAAUGCACGCAUAACUUAUACUGUCCUUAAUGACAACAAUCAUGGGAUACCUGUAGCCAGCUAUGUUGGCAUCAAACCUGACACAGGUGAGGCCUAUGCCCUGCAAGCCUUUGACUUUGAAAAGCUUAGAGAGUUUCACUUUCAGAUUAAAGCCCAGGACAACGGCGUGCCUCCCCUUAGCCGUGUGGCCACAGUAUAUGUUUACAUUAUGGAUCAGAACGAUCAUGUUCCUAGGAUUGUCUAUCCACCUGCAAAUGGAACACUAAUGAAAAAUGCUGAAGCCGGCCUCUUAGUUAGCAAGGUGACUGCAUGGGAUGGCGAUGCAGGACAGAAUGCCUGGCUGUUUUAUACCUUGAACCAGACCAACAAAGACCUAGACCUUUUUAAAGUUCAUGAGUACACAGGUGAGAUCCGCACCACCAGGCGAGUCAUGGAAGACAACUCUACUACCUUUGUUCUGACUGUCCUGGUUCGAGACCACGGCAUGCCACCGCUUUCCUCAACCACCACUAUCCAUGUGCACGUGAUGGACCUUCCUCCGAAGUUUACCCCUGAUCCAAAACAGAUUGUUAGGCCUGACAGCCCGCUAAUGUUUUCACCCGUCACUCUCUACCUCAUCAUAGCCCUGUGUGCCACCACCUUUGUAUUUCUAGUCACUGUCUUUGUUCUUGCCAUUGUGCGAUGUCAUGCCUACUGUAGCCAGACUGGUUCCUGCUCCCCUUGCUGUGUAUCCCAGAAGAACAUGCCGGAGGGUGGCACCUCAGCAGGUGGUGGUGGAGCAAGGGCUGCAGGUGGUGGUGGAGGAGCUGCAGGAGUGCAACAAAACAUCAAUGUGGCUCUGCGCCGUGACCUCAAAGUGGAGCCGCAUUACAUUGAAGUGAGAGGAAAUGGGUCUUUGACCAAAACGUACUGUUAUAAGACGUGCUUGACCGCCACAUCGGGAAGUGACACUUUCAUGUUCUACAACACGGGAAGGCCGCACAGUGGCACCUGGGGCUCGGGCUAUGUCACCAGCCACAGCGGACAGAGCCAGAUAUUUGUGCGCCGCCUCAGUAUGCCAGAUGCAACUGCUAUACAGCCCAAGGCACCUAACUCGGACUGGAGAUACUCAGCCUCCCUGAGAGCAGGUGGUGUAAUGCAGAGUUCAGUCCACAUGGAAGAGUCUGCAGUCAUGCAGGGAGCUCAGGGAGUCCUGGUACAGAACUGGCCCACUGCAUCGAGUGCUGCUGAUGGUGAAGGAGGGGAGGUUUCCCCACCUAUGGGUGCCGGCGUAGACAGCAACAGCUGGCACUUUCGUUACGGCCCGGGUGGUCCUGGAGCGCCCCCGCAGCACCUGAAGCCUGGAGAGGUUCCUCCAGAGGCAUUCAUUAUUCCUGGCUCCCCAGCCAUAAUUUCCAUCAGACAGAACCAGGGAGGAGAGGACGACAAGAGCGACUUCAUCACCUUCGGAAAAAAGGAGGAGGCCAAGAAAAAGAAGAAGAAGAAGAAGGAAAAGGAGAAGAAAGAUAAGAAGGAUAAAGGCAAGGAUGAUGGUGACGAGUAAAACAGAGAGUAGAAAAUGCAUAAAAUGGCUAAGAAGAAAAGGGUGCUGUUAAAACAGAGGUACCAACCAAAGUUCACUGGGUAAAAAGAGAAUAUUUUAUACCAUUAUUCAUUAUUGCUGAUAAAGUUUCAAAGCUUUUUCUGUUAUGAUUCUGGCCUUACCAAGAUAUAGUUUAUCUUCAGUUAAAUACUGAUGUAAAUUAUUUAUCUUGCCUUGAUACAAUUAAUGAUUACAAAAAAAAGAGAAAAUGAUUGUUUCUUCCUCUCCAUGCCCCAAUGUGCCUAUGCACCCUGAGUCUACUUUUAUUAUCUUUUUGGAAAAUGGAAGUAGAAUUCUUGUCCUUGUGUUGUUCUUCUUUUCUCCUUUAACCCACUGGGCACGUUGGCACCUCUGUCUUAUCCCCUCCCCAACGACAAUGUGUAAAGAAUUCUCUGAGAGACCAGUACAUUGAACAAAAACAACAUAAAGCUGUGCCAGCCAAGGAAAAAAGAGGAAAAUGUGAAAAGAUUGACACAGAUGCAUGCAGUCUGGAGCUGGACACACUCUACUUGUAAAUAGCACAAACAAGAGUCACUGAACCCUAAAGGCUAAACUGGCACUGCUGCAGAUUCACUGGUAAUUACCAACAGUGUUCCCUUAAAUCUCAAUGAAACCACAUGCGCGCACACUAACACAUCCAAACGUGCAAACACCAACUUAUUACCCAUGAGACAAUUGACACAGGAAGCACCUGAGGCCUGGGAAGAACGAGUGAGAGAAAAUAUAAGAGAAAAGACUGGCUGAAAACUGGACACUGCAAGUUCUUUGCCCUGCGCACUCACUUCUGAGAGUGCAGAUGUACAUCAACUCUCUCAGGAUGGAAGAAGAACCAUUUGCAAUAGCUCUAUCUUUGCUUGGAGAGCACACAAAGAGCUUUAUCUUCUGCAAGAAUCCCAACUGAGGAGGACAGAGACCACUGGAAGAUAUGGAGGGAAAAUGGGGAGAUGCUUCACAUUCUCCUGGGCAUCACAGAGGGUUGAGUGCAGCUGAGGUGGCUUUAUAUGGUGGACUCUGAAGAUACCUUGCAGAGUAUUUGGAGAAAUUUUGAUAUCACUUUUUCUCCUCCUUUUUGCAGCAACAGCUAAACGCUUUCUGCUUUGAAUGUUUGGUAGCAACCAAUCCUUACCUGACACCUUGAGUUUACAGAUAAUCACCUGCUUGUAUUUGUUCCCAGCUGCCACAAAACCAAAUUUUACUGAAAAUCACUUUUUAUUUUGCUCAUUGCCCAUCAUGUCGACUGCUUCUCCUGUACAAUGUGUGAAAUGUCUUUUAUGUUCUUUAAAGAGAUUCAAUAAUACCCGUGUUUAUUUUUCUUCAUAGCUUUAACUGCUUUAUGCUUUAUACGCCCACCUCACUGUUGUCCUCAGACACCCACUCGACCCCUUGCUCUGAUGGCCUGCUCUGAACAUUGUGGUGUGCUGAGAACAGCAUGGAGUAAUGCGGACGAGGCCCAGGGAGAACCAAACAGGGCUUUGCACCCUGAACCCGUGUCAGGUGCUUCUGAAGUGCAAAAUGGUUCAGUGCUUUUUAACUUGUGUAAACUACGGUAUGUGGUUCAUUUCCUUGUUUGUAGAUAAUCACAAGAGGAGGUAUGGUGGGAUAGGGCUGAUUACAGCGACUGUGAAGAAAUGUGAUGAAAUAAGGACCGAUUAAGAAAAAGUAAAUAAAUUCACCAACUUGAUUGUUUAGGAACAUUAAGUCACAUACUAGCUUCUAUGUACGCUGUAAAUGUAUAGUAGACCUCUCAUAGAUUGAACAGUAGCUCUUGAAACUUGAGAAAUAUUGGGCACACAGGGAUGUUUUUCCCUGAGCUUUAUCCCACCAACCUUCUCACAGACAGUUUUUGAAAAGGGGCACUGAUGUGCCUCAAGACCUGCUUCUGUUGGUUACCCUCCCGUUGCCUGUAACUUGUUGCCACGUCCCAAAAGUUUUUGCGGCUCAGUAUGACGUCACUCCAUUAAGUGGCUGCUGCAUGUACUGCUCUACGGAAACAAACACUAUAUAGAGAAAUAUAUAUAUAGAUAGAUAGAUUGCUCUGAUUUUAUUCUUUUGUAUUAUUUUUUUUUUCUUCAUUAAUCGCACAGGAAAUAUCUGUAUGUACUGCUGUCGCUCCCAAGCAUCCAUGUACCACAAUGUUCACACUCCACAGAUGUUUUACGGCAUCCACUAACCUUCUUUAGGUAUUUGUAAAUGAUAUAGUGUGAUACCUUUCAACUGCAAGUUCAUUUUCUCUCUUUUUCCAACAGUGGUUUUGCGUUUCAAGACAAGCAAAGCAAAGCAAAAAAAAAAAAAGAAAAAAAGCUUCAAAAAGCAAACAAAAAAAAAAAUCACUCUGUCUCUGGCUUUGACAUGACGAUUUAACUCUGUAUUAUUGUAACUGAAAUAUGUAUGAUUCUAUGAAGAGCUAUCACUUCCCUUUCACUCUCAUUAUAAAAAAAUGGAAGAAAAAAAUCCUGUGAAAAAAAAGACUAUAUGUUAGUAUAUUCUUGUGUUUAGUGAGUGUUCAUGCUGUCAUUCUUUCCCAAUGUAUGGUGGUGAACUAUGGUGGCAGUGUGCUGUCCUGAGUGGACUAGCAGAGAUAUGUUGUGAAACUUUUUUUGUACACCUUCUCAUCAACUGUAACAGUGAAAAGUAGUGAAUUUCAUUUAUUUCAUUUAUUUUUCAUACUUUUUAUUUUACCUAAAUGGAUACAGUGGUAAUGUGUUUGGUUUAAAAAUCACAAAUAAAAUUUUCUUUCUUAAGCGUA